AUGUCCUCUGAUAACGAUUUGAAGUGCAACAUUUCUUUGAAUAGAUACUAUAAGGGUCACAAGACAAGGGUUACUCUUCUUUUCUUAACAUGUUUUCUAGCUUCUGUGGCCUGCUCGCUACCCUUUUCCCAAUUAAUUUUGCAAAAUGAAGCUAGAAAUAAACUAAUAUAGUCUGCAACAGACAGAUUUGCUUAGUGUAUACUAUUGUGAAAUAUAUUGAGCUAGGUAAAACAUGGUCAUUGUUACGGUGCUUAGCGAAAAUGUCAUUCACGCUUUCAGCAACGGCAAAAGUUUUGGCUGAUCUGCCGUCCCCUUAUGAUUUGAUAUAAAGUUUACAUAGUACAGCGACACUUCACAGGUCCACCAGCCAGUCUGUACCAAUACUCCCAGUAGGAUCACCCAGGAUAGCCAGUCUUGUUACCGUUGCGCGAACCUCCCUCUUUGCAUCGAAAGUGGUAUUUCACGGCAUCAAUUUACAUUCAAAAGUGGCUAGGCUAACUCUUUUCAGAGUCAAUACGUUGCAGCGAUGGCGAACGAUGUGGCCGACCGACAAAAACCAAGUACCGGAUAUAGCAGUUUGGCUCCUGAAAUUCGACUAAAGAUAAUACACUUGCUCCUUGAAAGCGAGCCCUCACGAGUUAUCGACCUACAACCUCCUAUGCCGCCUGCGAUGAAGUGCGAGUGCGUCCACGGCGAAAUUAUCGAUAUAUUCCCCUCCCCAAGACCUCAAUAUCCCGUCACUCUACACAUCAACAAGGAGUGUAGAUUUGAAACACUUCGUCAGUACAAGUUGGCAGUCCAAGCAAUUUGGCACGAUGAUAGAAAGUUCUUUUCGAAGCCAACGCACAAAGGCGCAUAUUCUCCAAAGCCGCGUCAAUCCACGGAACCUUAUUUUCGAUAUCAUUUGUGCUACAACCCAUCAAAGGAUAUUUUCAGAAUCAAGGAGAACUUCUACCACUGGUACCACCAGUUUAUAUUCCUCAAUCCUGGUGCUGAAGACCACAUCCGGACCGUACAAAUCGAUUACGACGUGACUUUGAGUCUUCCUGGACACCAUCUUGCCCCUUCUCGUCCAUCCGCCAUGCUUCCGUACCUCCGGAACUUCGCUGGACACCACAUCCAGACCGUACAAGUCGAGAACGACAUAAAUUCUCGUUGUCCUAAACACAUUUGUACCCUUUCUCGGCAACUUACUAUACUUCCAUAUCUUCGAAAGUUGGAAAGUGUUAUUGUCAACUCCAAAACAGAUUAUCGGAAACUGUAUAGAGUUACCUUAUACAUGUUGUGCCAAUUUAGGUCUGAGCCCUUGGAAAACUUCCCAAAGUUCACACUGAACGUAGAUGGCGUCUCAAGCACUCUUGAAAUUGAAUCGACAUCCGGCGUCCUUGGGAUAGAUGGCCACCCUAUUCCAUACAGAAUCGGCCCCGAAUCGAAGAUAAUCCGUCCCGAUUUUGGCACACGACACUGCCGUAUGCCCAGGAGUGUUAAGAGAAUGAUCAGUGAUAUUGCUCGUGAUAGGGGACAAAAUAUUUUCCACUGGGAUGGUUAUCAUCGGAAGCUAGGCAGUCCAUUGAAGUGGAAAGAUGCUGAGAUGGGCAUACCAGAGCCAUUUCUUCCUGCUGAGUUACCAUGCCCAAUUAGACGCGAUAAAGGGGGUGAGAUGGAUCUUUGCUGCGAUGACUGUGGAUUUUAA